CUGAGGCAAGAGCUGCCACUUAGUAGAGCAGACGAAUUUCAUACAAUUGUUUUCUUCCUGUUUUUUCCACGUCAUCUCAAUUCCGAAGUUUUACAGUUUGACUUCUUGUGAAGCUACACUCUACAGUCCAUGUUGAGCUGUUGGGCUUGAACUCUGAAAAUUCGUGUAGCUGGUGUGUCAGUAACAAUAAGAGUACAAUUUUAUUCCUCUAGACAACAAACUCCUAACAGAAAUGGCCGAGAAUAGCGGGAAAAAAUUAAGUAUUUCUCUUCAAAAGGCAACCAAUGUUACAUACCAUCGGCAUUUGGUUGAUAGAAAUACACGAGGUCAAGUAAUGGGCCAAGGCAGAUUUCGUGGAUGCACAGUGUGGUUUACAGGAUUUUCUGGUUCUGGAAAGACCACUCUCUCGUUUGCUCUGGAAGAUUACUUGGUGAUGAGGGGUAUUCCUGCCUUCAGCUUAGAUGGUGACAACAUGAGAUUUGGUUUGAAUUCAGAUCUCGGUUUUUCCGAUGAAGACCGCCAAGAAAAUAUUAGACGGGUCGCUGAAGUAGCCAAAUUAUUUGCUGAAUCAGGAGUGGUAACUCUCUGCUCUUUCGUGUCACCUUUUCGUGAGGACAGAGAUCGUGCUAGGAAAAUACAUGCUGAUGCCGGACUCCCAUUUUUUGAAAUUUUUGUGGACGCUCCGCUUAAUGUUUGUGAAGAACGUGAUGUCAAGGGCCUUUACAAAAAAGCACGUCAAGGGACCAUCAAGAAUUUCACCGGAAUUGAUUCACCGUAUGAGCCGCCUUUAAAUCCCCAUGAAACUAUGCAAACUAGCGAGAAAUCUGUAAUUGAAUGUACGCAACAACUUGUUGAUUUGCUUGUUAGCCAAAAUGUUCUGCCAAAAGCCGCCCAGGCAACAGUUGUGGAAUUGUUUGUAUCUGAUGAACGAAGACCGGAUGCCACGGCUGAAUCAGCUACUCUUCCGUCAAUAACUAUCAGUGACAUUGACCUUCAAUGGGUGCAGAUUCUCUCUGAAGGGUGGGCCUCGCCCCUCACUGGGUUUAUGAGAGAAAGAGAAUAUCUGCAGGUUCUUCAUUUCAAUUGCAUCUACGACGGCGGAGUUUCGAAUCAAAGUGUGCCGAUUGUAUUAGCUAUAAGCACAGAAGAUAAAGAAAAACUGGACGGCUGCCUAGCCAUCACUUUACUCCACAACAACGAGCCAGUAGCCAUACUCCGAGCCCCCGAAUUCUUUGAGCAUCGCAAAGAAGAACGAUGUGCCAGGCAGUUUGGAACAACUCACCCUUCCCAUCCUUACAUCCAAAUGAUAAUGGCGAGCGGUGACUGGUUGGUUGGUGGUGAACUGGAAGUGCUGAAUCGUAUUCGUUGGAAUGACGGUUUGGAUGAAUAUCGCCUUACGCCUACCGAAUUAAAGAAAACCUUCCAUGACAUGGGUGCUGAUGCGGUGUUUGCAUUCCAAUUGAGAAACCCUGUCCACAAUGGGCAUGCGCUUCUGAUGCAGUUUACUCGACAAACCUUGCUGGAACGGGGCUACAAAAAACCGGUGUUGCUGCUUCAUCCACUAGGAGGUUGGACAAAGGAUGAUGACGUUCCGCUAGCCGUGCGGAUGGAACAACACAAAGCGAUCCUUGAAGAAAGAGUUCUAGAUCCGGAGCACACCAUUCUAGCUAUUUUCCCAUCUCCGAUGCUCUAUGCUGGUCCUACGGAGGUUCAAUGGCAUGCGCGAUCGCGUUUAAUGGCUGGUGCCAAGUUCUACAUCGUUGGUAGAGACCCGGCUGGAAUGGCCCAUCCUAAUCCAGUACUGAAACAAGAUCUUUACGAACCCACUCAUGGUGGAAAAGUUCUCUCUAUGGCGCCGGGGCUUGUUGGAAUGGAAAUUAUUCCCUUUCGAGUUGCAGCUUAUGACAAACGAGCCAAAUGUAUGAGUUUCUUCGAUCCGGAACGAAAACAGGAUUUUGAAUUUAUUUCUGGAACGCGAAUGAGAGGUCUUGCACGAGCGGGAGAAUCACCACCUCCUGGUUUCAUGGCUGAAAAAGCCUGGGAUGUUCUUGCCCGCUAUUAUCGUGCUCUAAACAACAAUUAAGUGGUUUUCAACCAUUUUCGAGCUAACAUAUCGCAAUUACAAUGUGCAACUAUUGAGCUGAACUUAAGUUAACUUUUGUCAGCGUGUUAUUUUGCAUUUAGUUCCCCGAUUCUAUUUAAACACAACUUUAUUGUUGCCUUGUUAGUGCUAUAGGCCUACUGCCAGUCUAUUCCAGCGGAUUGUGUUUUUGCUGAGCUGUGUACCCACUGCAAGCAUCGUUUCUGCCCACCAAAAACCUUCUUUAUUAUUUCUGGAAAUCAGUAUAGUUUACUUUGUUAAGUUUCUCUUUGUUUACUGUUAAUCGUUCUAUUCUAAAGUUAUUAACCGUUUUCUUUUUCUCAUUUAACGCACAUCACUGAAUUGUAAAAAGAAGUGGUUUUUGGCACUCUUUGCUGGUGGUUAUUCAUUCCCUGAGUAAAACUUUUAAAGUUGGCUUAAUCGUUAUGCAUAUCUAAUAUUAUUACAUCAAAUUAACCCAAAUUUCUAAGAUUUCGUGUUGAACGGGAAAUGCGUUGCGUACGUGUUCAUAUUUACCUCCCAAUGGUCCAAUCUUGAAGUUUUUUACAGUUAUCAUUGUAGGCUAGUCUUGAAAGUUUCAAUACAUUUAAUACAUUUA